AUGAAUCUAGAUUCAUUGGCUAAUGAAGAAGAGAUCCUCUUGACCUCUUUGCCUAGAGCCAAGCUUAAUAAUCCAACAUCAGAAAAACUUAUGUAUUUCUCCAGUGACGUCGUGACUUUGCCUCAGAAAUCUAAUGUUAAUACUAUUACUAUUAAUACUAUUCAAUCUGAUAUACUCAAUGGUCAUAUUUCGGAAGACCUUGAAUCGCCAAAUGUUUGCGAACCUGUUACGGUUAAAUUUUAUUAUAGUGUGGAAAUACAACGAUCUACGAUAAAAAAUUCUUUUCCUGAGAAUUGGACAGAAGAUGCUCAGAAUGCAUAUAAAAUGCUUGUUCAGUGGGGUGAGGAUCUAAAAGCUGGUGUCAAUACGUCAAAUGAUCAAUUUGAUACAAAAAAUUCGCCAUCUUCAAGCACACGAUCCACUAUUACACAUUACACGCGAAAACUGGAUAAAACUGAAAGUAUAAGUCCUCUACGACAGUUACGCAACUCAUCUGGAAAUGUUGCGUACGAUUUUCGUCUUGGUACAUUAAGCAGCGAAAAAAUGCUUCGAGCACCUCCACCAGUUCCUCCAAAGCCAAAAAAGAAAAUCGGUUCAAAUCCAGAUGUGAACCUGUUUGAUAUCAAUGAAAGUUCAAGGCGAAGUCAACCGAACUUAUCGGAGAAUAGUUUUUCGACUUUUAAUGAAUCAGUAAGUGCUCAUGGUAGUUUUGCUUCUACGGUAGCUAAGUCAGCACUACUGUCUCGUUCAAUGAAAGAUGAUAUUGUUAUGAUAUGA